UUUGUACUUCCGGGUCACUGCGGGUGUGACGGUCCAAGAGUAUCACCGCUGAGCUGAGAGAAGAAACUUCCGGGAUGUAUUGUUGUGAGUAUCGACCAACUCAACUGUCCCACGUGAUGAAGAUCAGUCAGAUACUUUUGGGAAGUGACAGCCUCACCUCACAAUGGGAUGAGACGAAAUAACUGACCCUAUUCUUUUCUGCACACCUGAGACAAGCAUCCUAUUCGAACAGGAAUUUGCAAACACAGCGGAUCACUAACACCAAGCUACUGCUCCGACAUUCAUUGCAUCAAGAUUCAGUGGCGGUCCACGUUCUGUCUGGACAAAUCCGUGCGUAAAAAUGAAAAGCGCCGGAAAAGAGAGGAUGGUGGAAUCCGAAUGCGCUCCCGCGAGCGGCAGGAAGCAGAUGUUCACGGGCAGCGCGAGGAAGCUGCGAGACACGGCGGCGGAUUGGCACAACCUCAUGCUGAAGUGGGAGCGGCUCGGCGACGAGGGCUCCGCGGCCGCCACGCGCAUCGUGAACCUUUCCGUCAGCAAGAGGGCAGAGAAGGAUGUGGACAUUACAGCAGAGGAUGAUACCUCAUUUGUCAAUGAGCGAUCAGGAAGUCAUGCAGAGCUUGACAAAGACUUGCAAGAUGGGUGCAAUGAGUUAAUGAACAUUUUGGAGAAAAUGGCUCAUAUUGUAUUUAAAAUGGAGAAGAUUUCAUCUUCUGUUAAAGGAGUAUGUGCUCUUGAGAAGUUCCAGCAGGAGCAAGGAAGAAGUUCUGUUUCACCGCUGUUUCAAACUUGGCCUGUGACACGCUUUGAUGAAGUGUCAUCGAAGUUAUAUGAAUCCUACAAGCAAGAACUGGCGCUGAAGCAGACAAUUGUUAAAGAAAUAGCCCAUACAUCUGAUCCUGAUCUUCUGUUGGUUUAUCUCUCAUCAUGGCUGCAUCAGCCCUACAUAGAGGAUAAUACAAAGCUCUUGCUUGAGAGCUUGCUGUUGGAGACAAUGCACAGAACACUGUAAUAUGCACACAAAUUUCUACAAGGAUCUCGUACAAGUGUUUGAAAGGGGUUGUUCCUACAAUAGCAAAAUAAGCUGUUUAAUUAAAAUAAAGUACAACUCUGAUACAAGGCAAUUGUUAAUGGAACUUGAACUGACUUUUACAGUACAAAACAAAAUUAAACCCUUUCUGAACUCACAUUUAAUGAAAAUGAGCCACUUUUUCAUAUGUUUGA